AUGCGCCUCGCUCUCUUAGAGGCGGCCAAGUGCAUCCCAACGCCGACAGCGUUCUGUGUAGGCUGUGUGAUCACUACUCGUCCACCUCAAAGCACUUCAUCAGUCAUUAUUUCCACUGGGCAUUCUAGAGAGCUCUUCGGAAACACACAUGCCGAAGCCAAUGCCCUCUCCAAGGCUCAUACCCUCUCUGUUGAUCAACUCCGAGCUCUCUUUCCGACGCUAGAUCCGUCAGAGCUCGAUAUUAAUACAAUCCUAUCCCAGUCAGAUGUUUACACCACACUUGAACCUUGUUCCAUCAGGACUUCAGGAUUGGCUCCGUGUGUAGCUGCACUCAUAGGAGCCAAGGUGCGGCGGUGCUUCAUCGGAGUCGCUGAACCUCUUGACUUCGUUGAAUGUGAAGGGGCGCGUAAGCUAAAGGAAGCUGGGGUAGAGGUUGUGUGGCUUGGUGGGUUAGAAGAAGAAUGCCUUGCAGCUGCCCGACGCGGCCAUACUUGA